AUGCCGCAGUUCCCUGCACAAUUCGCACAAAGAGAUGGUCUGCGAUGUUUCCAAAGAAAUGUGAAGGAAAAAGUCGAGAAAUUAGAAAAAGACAAGGGGGAAAAAUCAGUUGAACAGAGUUCUGGUGCUACCUCUGGAAAGAAAAAGAAGUUUAGUGGACCCAGCAGGGGUCGAGGUGGAAGGUUUGGUAGAGGUAGAUUUUCUGGUCAGAGACCCCCUAGGUCUGGUCAGCAGUCAAGCAGGGGUUCACAUUCUGCCCGCCCCUGUGAGACUUGUGGCAAGAUUCAUGGGGGGGAAUGUUAUUGGGCCACUGGAGCCUGUUUUAACUGUGGAGGCAAGGGCCAUAUAGCUAAAGACUGUACUAGUGCUCCGAGAUAUGGUCCAGCUCCUACUACUGCCGAGGGAUCUAUUCAGAGUCCUGCUCCCAGAGGUUCACAGUCAUUUGGCAGAGGAAGAGGCAGAGGUAGAGGCACUACUUCAGGCAGUCAGGGCACAGUUGGUCAAUCAGCACAAGGAAGUGCUUCAACCAGAAUCUACGCAAUGAAACAGCGAGAAGAGGCUGAGACUUCUGAUGUGGUAGCUGAUACAGAGACUAGAGGAGCAGCAGACUGAGCUGCUGAAGUGUGUGAAGUCAUCAGCUUGAAGCCUUCGGGUAUAAUUUAUACCCUAACUGCAAAUACUUCUUUUGAUGUAUAUAUUGCACAUAAAUGUAUGGACAUGUAAAAAUGGGUCUUGAGCAGCUUGUACACAAAUUUGUAUGAAGUUUAUAAUAAAGUUUAGUUUGUGUU